UCUGGCGCCUGACUGCGGGACUGCGCUGUCGCAAUGCACUACUCAUCACGACAAACCAGAGCGACUUUAUAAGAGAGAGAGCGACCAGAAACCGGCAAAAUAUCACAGUUCUUUCAUUCCACGCCCUUAACCUCGCCUCAGAGAAUGUUUGACAGAGACAGAGAUCAAGACAAGACGAUCCUCGUGGGAAACAUCCACAGCUGUGUGACGGAGGAGAUUCUGUUCGAGCUGUUCCUGCAGGCAGGUCCAGUAGACGAGGUGCGUAUAUUCAGAGAGGGACAGUAUGGAUGCGUUUAUUAUAAGCACGCUGAAGCUGUUCCCUACGCAGUCGCUCUUCUCAAUGGGAUCUGGCUCUAUGGGCAGCCAAUCAGGUUACAGCGGAAAACCGAUGGAUGUUAUCAUAGAAAUGAGGCUUUUGCAUACCACACGGGGACGGGACUGAUAGCAGACAGUGCGGAUGAUGUGCUUUUGAAUGUAAAUGGCAGUCCAGCUGUGGAGAUCCAUGCCAAUGAAGCCUGCGGCUGGAGAGACAUGGUAUACGGCAGAGGUCUGGACGCGUGGUUCUGUCCUCCUCUCCAGUGGUCAGUGUACUCUGGUCUCCGGUCCAUGCAUGAGAACGCAUCUCUCCACAGCAGACUGAGCUGUGCAAAUGUUGAAUAUAAACUGCAGAGAGAGCUGUACAGAGGCUGUCCGCUGUAAACCUGUCAAUGCUGUAAUAAAGCCUUCUGAAUGCACACUGCUGUUUCUGGAAAUACUGAAGCGUAAAUCUGAUCAUCUGAAAUGUUUUUGCAACUUCAUCUUGCGUUCACAUUCAGCAAGGCUUUGCGUCCCAGCUCUGGUGAUUAGAACGUCAAUAGAAAAAUUAUUGAUUGCUGCCUUUGUCAUCUACAAUGACAUUUUUAUAGGAGGAUAAAAGCUUAACGUCACAUAAAUGCUGCAUGGUCAUUUAUAGCUGUUUCUAACAUCAAACAUUCACUCUUAUUACCUCCACUAGCCUUCAGCCAAAACCUCUCCCUCUCUUGAAUUAUAACUAAUAUGAUAAGAUGCAAUAACUAUUACCUUCAGACUUUAGACUUAAUAAUAAAUGUCUUCAAGUACAAGAGUAUUCCAGUUGGUGCUGGUGUCAAAAAACAUGUUUUAAUGUUACACAAGAUUUCUGUUUCAAAUCAGUGCUGAGGUUUAUAUUCAUCUGUGAAUCCUGAAAAAUAAAAUAUUGUGCAGCACGACUGUUUUCAACAUUGAUAAUAAUCAGAAAUGUUUGUUGAGCAGCAAAUCAGCAUAUUAUUAUGAUUUCUGAAGAUCAUGUGACGCUGAAGACUGGAGUAAUGAUGCUGAAAAUACAGAUUUGAUCACAUGAAUAAAUGACAGUUUAAGAGAUGUUCAUAUAGAAAUAGCUAUUCUAAAGUGUAAAAAUAUUUCACAAUUUUUACUGUAUUUAAAAAAAUAAAUAAAUGCAGCCUUGAUGAGCUGGAGAGACUUUUUUUUUUUUUUUUUUUUUUUUUUUUUUUGAAAUAUUAAAUAUUACAGACCCAAACUUUUGAA